AUGCCGCUUCUCAGCGUGCCCAAAGAAGUGGCCGUCGGGACGGCGAUGCUGGGGGUCGCCUUUGCCACGGGCAUGCUUGCAGGUAGAAGAUACCCAUCUUUAGUUUUUGGGACACCGAGUGGUAUGAUGGGGAAAAACAGUCCUCUCCGGCAAUACAUGCUGGAUCACUCUUUGCGGGAACAUCCCAUUCUAAAGAAGCUGCGUCUGCUCACUGCUGAUCAUCCCUGGGGCAGAAUGAUGGUGUCCUGUGAGCAGGCUCAGCUUAUGGCAAAUUUAGUCAAACUCAUUAAAGCCAAGAAAGUUAUUGAAAUAGGUGUUUUCACAGGUUAUAAUGCCUUGAAUAUGGCACUUGUCCUGCCAGAUAAUGGCCGAGUUAUUGCUUGUGAUGUAAAUGAGGACUAUGCCAAAAUUGGAAGGCCACUGUGGAAGGAGGCAGGAGUAGAGCAUAAAAUUGACCUGCGAAUUAAGCCAGCAAUUCAAACACUUGAUGAACUGUUGGCCAAUGGAGAAGCAGAAACCUUUGACUUUGCUUUCAUUGAUGCCGAUAAAGAAAACUACAAUGAGUACUAUGAAAAAUGCUUGCGCCUCAUAAAGAAAGGGGGAUUAAUUGCUAUUGAUAAUGUCUUUUGGAAUGGAAAGGUGCUAAAACCAAGGAAGAAUGACUUGGCAACGCAGAGUAUCCACCGCCUCAAUGAGAAGCUUCUCAGAGAUGCACGGGUCAAUAUCAGCAUGCUCCCAGUGGGGGAUGGAGUCACAUUAGCAUUCAAGUUGUAA